AUGCCGCUGGAAGAGCUGAAACGAUACGCGUCACAAGUCAAAAAACUCUGCGACAAGGAAAAAUAUGGCGAUGCCGGUCAGCUACUCAAUGCGUUGAAGGAAGAAAAAAUCACAAAAGAACUGCUCGAAAGCUCGAAAAUCGGUCAUGUCGUCAAUGCACUGAGAAAGGGGGCACAAAAUGCUGGACACACGGAAAUCGCUGCUCAAUCGAAAUCUCUGAUCAAACAAUGGAAAGCGCAAAUGGCUCAAAACGCGGACAAUGGGGGAACGCCGAAAGUACAGAAGACAGAGAGCAGCUCACAGAAACGCGAAAAAGAAAAGGAAAAGCUGCCUGUCGCGAAUGAUUCUUCUCCAAAUCUUGGCGCUUCUAUUCAACCCACUUCGGAUCCGAGCAGAAACAAAUGCAGAGAACUUCUCCAGAAAGCCCUGAUGGUUGAUAAAGAUAAAUACCAACCGCAGUUUGUUAGCCUAAUGGCCGCUAAAAUUGAAGAGGCAAUCUUCACCUUCCACGGCUGUUCAAGCUCAGACACGAAAUACCGAAACAAAAUCCGCUCUCGCUACUCGAACCUCAAAGAUGCCAAAAACCCGGAGCUGCGCGACUCGGUCAUGAGCGGCAUCAUUUCUGCCGAAAAACUAGCCAGCAUGAAGCCAGAAGAAAUGGCUUCAAAGCAACUUCAAGAGUUGAGGAAGAAAUUCACUAAAGAAGCGAUUAAUGACCACCAAAUGGCGCAGAAUGAAGGCACAAAGACGGAUAUGUUUACUUGCGGAAAGUGCAAGGGCAAAGAAUGCACAUACACCCAGCUCCAAACCCGAUCUGCCGAUGAGCCGAUGACGACCUUCGUUUACUGUAUGAGCUGUGGUAAUCGAUGGAAAUUCUGCUAG